UAGUGAACGGUGGACAUUGAUGGAGCCGAACCUAGCACUUCCGAUAUAACACACUUCGACAUGUUGGCAUUAGCUGUUUGCGCAGACCUGGAAGGGGUGACCGACCUCGCGCCCAUUGACACUGAAGAGAAUCCGUUCUACUACACCUUCAAGGUGCAAUGCACAUCAUGCAGAGAGACGCAUCCGAAUUGGGUCUCCGUCAGCCGACAUGAAAACAAUGAACAAAGCGGAAGUCGUGGCGAGGCGAAUUUUGUGUGGCGCUGCAAGAACUGCAAGAGAGAGCACUCGGCCAACAUCAUCGAAGCGCCUAAAGUCUAUGCCCAGCAAAGUCCUGCCAAGCUGCAAAAUAUUCUUGUCAUGGACUGCAGAGGGCUGGAAUUCGUCGAGUACAAGCCAGACGGCGAUUGGAAGGCCGUAGGUCUCGAAUCAGGGACGAAGUUCGAAUCCAUCGACCUGACGGAGGGAGACUGGUACGACUAUGACGAGAAGUCGAGCGAGGAGGUCAGCAUCAAGGAUGUCAAGUGGGAGAUCCGCAGAGCAUGAUGCGGGUGUGAAUCGUUAAAGGCAGGACGGGAAACUCCGCCCGUUUCAAGCACAUGAACGGAUAUCAGGAUUGCAUGCCUUGCCGUCUUCAAGAAUUGCUGCAGCCAGAAAUGGUAGGAAUCCCACCUGGCGAGGUAGUUCAGAUAUCUUUCCUUCGAUGUGAUGGAUCUCGUGAAGUUCAGCACUCGAAUAUCUUUCCGGUGCUGACAUUGAUCCUGGACCAUUUCGUGCCAGAGGUCAAGCAUUCCAGAAAGCGCGAUGGCCAGUAGAUAUGAUAAAGCCAGAACCAAGGUAAUGGAUCUGCGAACUCAAAUGUCCCAUCGUGCCAGAGAGAUACGUGUUCCCAAACUUCGGAGAUCUUCGCCCUCGUGCAAUUAGUGGCGACC